AUGGAGUCUACGAAUCGCUUGAGUGCCAUUCAAUUUCUUUUGGUGGUCCAGCGCUGGACGGGACUUCUGAAAUGGAAAAACGACGAAGGAGAUGGCAUUUUAUCCCGGCUUAAACGCAUCUAUCCUUUUGUGUUGCACCUGCCGCUGACUUUUACCUACAUUGCUCUCAUGUGGUAUGAGGCUAUGACUUCUGCCGAUUUCGAGGAGGCUGGUCAAGUCUUGUAUAUGUCCAUAACCGAACUGACAUUGGUCACUAAGCUGCUGAAUAUUUGGUACCGACGAAAUGAGGCAGCUAAUCUUAUAAACAAAUUGCAGCACAACCCUGCUUAUAAUCUAAGAAAUCACAACGAAAUUCAAUUCUGGGAGCGAAAUCAAAAGGACUUUAAGCGCAUCUUCUACUUAUACAUCGGAGGAAGCCUUUUCGUGGCUCUAAUGGGAUAUAUUAGUGUGUUUUUCCAGGAGGAAUACGAGCUGCCCUUCGGAUACUAUGUGCCUUUUGAAUGGCGCACCAGGGAGCGUUAUUUCUACGCCUGGGGCUACAAUGUAGUGGCCAUGACUCUUUGCUGCCUUUCCAAUGUCCUGCUGGACACUCUGGGCUGUUAUUUUAUGUUCCAGAUCUCCAUGCUUUUCAGGCUGAUAGGAAUGCGACUGAGUGCUCUGCGAAAUGCUCCCGAGGAGAAAGCCAGAACUGAGCUGAGAAGGAUUUUCCAGCUGGACGCUAAGGUCCGGCAAUUGACCAGGGAAUGUGAGGUGCUAGUUUCGCCCUAUGUCCUAUCCCAGGUGAUCUUCAGCGCCUUCAUCAUCUGCUUCAGCGCCUAUCGACUGGUGCACAUGGGCUUCAAGCAGCGACCUGGUCUCUUUCUGACCACCGUGCAGUUCGUGGCCGUCAUGAUCGUCCAGAUAUUCCUGCCCUGCUACUAUGGCAAUGAGUUGACCGUCCAUGCCAAUGCUCUCACUGACAGUGUCUUUGCUACUAACUGGUUGGAGUACUCCGUGGGCACCCGCAAGCUGCUCAACUGCUACAUGGAGUUCCUCAAGCGACCGGUUAAAGUGCGGGCUGGGGUGUUCUUCGAAAUCGGGCUGCCCAUUUUCGUAAAGACCAUCAACAAUGCCUACAGUUUCUUCGCCCUGCUGCUGAAGAUGUCCAAGUAAAGUGAGACAUGAGCCAGGA